CACGAACUACCUCUGUUGUGUUACGGGCAGCGAACACGGGGAAUAACCUUUCGGGCUAUUUCCUGGGCGAAGCUGUGCAUGAUGAAGAUCGAGGAGCCUCGCCCAGCACCAGCGGCCUCUGCGCUGCCGCAGGUGUCUGAGAAGCAGCUGCGCGCCAUCGGCGAAGUGCUGCGCGACUCGUCGCGGCCGCUGAAGGAGCGUUUUCGGGCGCUGUUCACGCUGCGUAACCUGCCGGGCGCCGAGUCGGUAGCGCAGAUCAGCGCCGCGUUCGUCGACGACUCGGCGCUGCUCAAACAUGAGCUGGCCUACUGCCUCGGCCAGAUGGGGCACGUCGCCGCGCUGCCCGUGCUCGUCUCCGUGCUGGAGGACACCGGACAGAACGCGAUGGUCCGACACGAGGCCGGUGAGGCGCUGGGCGCCAUCGGAGACCCGUCCGUGCUGCCGGUGCUGAGCCGGCUGAGCGCCGACCCGACGCCAGAGGUGGCCGAGACAUGCCAGCUGGCCGUCGGUAGGAUCCAGUGGCUGCAGCGCAACCAGAACGGCGCGGAGAAUCUCACGACCAACCCGUACGCCUCGGUGGACCCGGCGCCACCGGCGGACGAGUCGAGCCGGCCGAGCUGCGCCGAGCUGCGGGCCGCCCUGCUCGACGAGACGCUGCCGCUGUUCGACCGCUACCGGGCCAUGUUCUCGCUGCGGAACCGGGGCGACGCCGACAGCGUCUGCGCACUCGCUGACGGGCUUAAGUGCGGCGGUGCCCUGUUCCGGCACGAGAUCGCCUACGUGCUGGGCCAGGUGGCCCAUCCGGCAUGCACCAAGCAGCUGGAGGCCAGCCUGCGGGACCAACAGGAGAGUGACAUGGUGCGGCACGAGUGUGCUGAGGCGCUGGGCGCCAUCGGCACGCCCGAGUGUCUCCAGCUGCUGGCCGAGUACGGCUCGGACGAGGCGCGCGUGGUGCGCGAGUCGGUCGAGGUGGCGCUCGACAUGUGCGAGUACGAGCAGAGCGCCGAGUUCCAGUACGCCGACGGGCUGGCCACGGCCAGCUGAGGACAGCCAGCGCGCGCGCGGCGGGGACCGCACCCGCCGGCAGAGCUGAAGCCAGCGGCGACCGCGCGCUCUCGCGCCAGCUCAGAUGCGGAUGAUGUCGACCAGGGUCCGCUACGAGUAUAUUGAUAAUGCAAUUAAAGACUCUUAAGAACAAAAA